ACCGGUCGACACCCAUGUGCACAUAAGAAGGCUGGAGCGUCAGCCAGGUUCCAGAGAAGACUAUUCAUUCAUGACAGGUUUCACAGCAACAGGAGCAACAUGAGUGGAGCUUACUAUCAAGGGUACAGUGGUUACAGUGAGAGUGAGAGGAGGAUUGUUCUGGUCGGGAAAACUGGAGUUGGGAAGAGCGCAGCGGGAAACACCAUCCUGGGGAGGGAAGCCUUCGAGUCAGAGCUAUCUCCAUCCUCCAUGACAUCUGAAUGCCAGAAAGCCAAGGGAGAGGUUGAUGGUCGAAAGGUUGCCAUCAUUGACACCCCAGGACUCUUUGACACCAACUUCACCCAAGAGGAGGUUCUGAGAAGAAUCAAGAUGUGCAUCUCUUUGUCUGCUCCCGGUCCUCACGCCUUCCUGGUGGUUCUUCAGCUGGGCAGGUUCACCAAGGAGGAGAAAGACACUGUCUCCAUGAUUCAAACUACAUUUGGUGAAGAAGCAGCUGACUACACACUGGUUUUAUUCACACAUGGAGACCAGCUGAGGAAGCAAAGCUUUGAGGGCUACCUUUCUGAAAGUGCAGACCUGUUAGAAAUAAUCCGAAAGUGCCACAAUCGCUACCACGUCUUCAACAACGAGGUGAAAGACCCCGAACAAACCCGCCAACUCCUGGAUAAAAUUGAUAAGAUGACUAUGAGUAAUGGCGGACACUUCUACACCAAUGAGAUGUUCAUGAAAGCAGAGGCGGCCAUUGAAAAGGAGAAAGAGCGACUCCUACAGGAGAUGGAGGCGCAGAAGCAGAAGGAGCUGGAUGAACUCAGAGCCAAAUAUGGAGGAAAGGUCUUUUACAGAAAGGAGCAACAGGUGCAUAUCAGAUACCAGAAUGAAGCCCGAUAUCGAGCUGAAAGAUCAAAUGAUUUCAUUGCUGCUCCAGCGGUUGCUGUAGCGACAGCCUGUGGUGCUGCCAUUGGAGGUCUGCUUGGAGUUGCAGGAGGUCCAAUUGGUUUGGCAGUUGGCGUUGCAGCUGGAGCAGCUGUAGGAGCUUCCAUUGCCAUUAUAUCACUCAAAGUCUCAGAUCGAUGCAACGUACAAUAAGAACUGCACAACAUCCAUUUAAAGACUGAUGAUUUUUUUUUUUUAAAGGUGCCCUGCUACACAAAACCGGAGAAAUCAGAUCAAUUAGAAAAGCUGGUCAGUGUGACGUGUUAAUGCCUGAGCUCAUUAGUAUUCAUGAGAUCACGCCCACAGAAUUCAUCUAGUUCAGUGACAGUUUUCAUAUACAGCAAACUGGGGCACCGUAAAAGGGGGGUAAACAUGACAAAUUCAUGGGGCCCAGCAUUCUCGGGGGGCCCAUAGAGCAGUGGAGGGGGUUCAGUGGAUACAGGUUAGAAGUUCUGAAAAUUCCAUGUAAGGUCCGCCGUACAAGGGAAGCAUAGAAGCUGGGAGUCGGACGUUCAAAGCAUGUUAAGUUUCAUUUUUGUUUCCACCAGUUCCUCUACUUGUUGUGCAGGGUAAAGAAUGCUGAAAAGCCAGGCUCUCAUUGGCUAGCUGUUGCCCAAUCAGAAUCAAACAGAUUAGCAUGUUGAAUAUUCAUGAGAACUGGCACAAACCCAGCUGAGUCUUCCAGUAGACAUUCUAUACCACGUUAGAAUGGGUUAAGACUUGGUAACCACAAACCAACUUGGUAACCAACAAAAAAUGUUACAGAGUUCAUGGUAGAACAUCAGACAUUACCACAAAAGUAAUGAAAUACGUGUGGCAUGGCAUCUUUAAAUAAUCUAAUAGUCUUAUCUUCUAGAUCUCAUGGAACUUCAACAUAAGAUAAUGAAAAAAAGUGGAUUUUUACAAUAAUUCCCACAAGCAGAUAAUCUUGUAUCAUGCUGUAUUUUUUCUUAAUUGAGAAAGAAAUCUUCAUGUAAUAUUUGUACACUACGGCGCCCCUUUUGGUGACGUGUGAGAAAGAAAAAAAAAAUGCGUGGCCACAAGAUGAUUUUCACCUACAAGAUUGCCAUAUAGAUGACAAAUUGCAUUUUACACCAAUUAUUUACAUGUAUAGAUAGGAUUAGUGGAUGAACAAGGAUUAAACAGUUUAGAUCAGUAGAUGUUUUUGUUUGCCAGUGGCUGUUUGGGUCCGCAUAGGUUAAAAUCCAGGUGGAAAAUGUUUCUUUUUUGUGCCUAUGAAUGAACUCCAUAAUGUGCAUUUUAUUCUUAUUGUACUGUAAGUCUAUUAGUAUGUAAAUCUGGAGUGGUGUAUAUUCUAUAAAUUGGUUUAAUAUAUAUGUUUUUAUUAAGAUUUGAAGUACUCUGUAGAUUCUCUUCAUUAUAUUUGUGUGUGUUUUGAUCUUUUCUCAUUUAACCACUUAUGUUUAGUUUUUAUUUUGCUCUAAAGGAUCCUUUUAAUUGCUUAUGUGUAUGAAAUGUGCUGUAUAAAUAAAAUUCCCUUGAAUCUACACUCAAACAUAAUGGGUGACAGUACUUCUUCUUGUCUCUGGCUGCCACUGUAAACCCUGUAAACUUCUGUCUACUCCCACUGUAGAUAAAUUGCUAUUCUAUGUUUUUAUGGUCACAAAACAUUUUCAUCACCAUGUUAAUUUCAUCUAAAAAAAAAAUUAAUUCCAUUACUGUUAAUAGAUCCUCAUAUUUCACCCUCAUUCUUGCACAUUGGCUCUUAGACUAGGUGAAUUAAUUUCCUUUUACCAUUAAGGUUCUAUUAGGUUAUCAGUUAAGCAAGAACUAAAAGAACAGCAAUACAACUUCAUGUAAAAUGGCUGUAAAAAAAAAAAAAAAAAAAAAAAAAAUUCUGCCAGAAGA